AUGGAAAUGCUACGGCUGUUUUUUGCAAAGCAGAAUAUGCACAACCGUGUUCAGCUUCGUAAGCAGCUAAGUGAUUUUGAGCUUGAAACUGGAGGCGACCUGAUAGCGUACCUGAUGCAAUUUGAUCUGUCUGAGGAUUAUGAUUCUAUGGUUCGAAUCAUCGAAGCGACAAGUGGCGUCACGCUUUUGGAUGUGAAAGAGAUGCUGCGUCGAGAACAUGAGAAGAUCACGCGUCGUGACAAGAAAGAAGCUGCAUUCAAGGCCAGCUUUUCUCUACGUAAGCCUCGUUCUGCUCGUAAUGAUGGUGACUUCGAUGAAAACAGUCAGAACUGGCUACAAUUGACGUCUCAAUGGCAACGUGGAGCUAGCUGUCACAUGUCUGGAAUGUUUGAUGAUUUUGGUGACUAUCGUCAAUUGGAUACGCCCAUCAGUGUGAUGUGUCAAGUUUACGAAACUGCUAUAUGUCCCGCGCCUGGAGAGCGAGCUAGUAUCGGUGCCCACGUUGACUGCGCACGGGUCCUCAUCCAAUUGGAUUUUCAUGGUACAUCGUUAAUGAUUGAUGAGAAGGUGAUUGCUCGAAUUCCUCGUAUUGGUAAAAUGUAUAUAUGGCACGUUGGCCAACAUGCACUCAUGUCGCAGGCGAACGCAAGUGAAGAGUUGAGUGGUGGUGGCAAAACCUGGCAUGCUCGUCUUGGACACGUGUUGCAAACUAAGGUAAAGCUGCUGACGGAAUCCCGUCGAUCGAUCACAAUGAUGAUGUCGCUACUGUAUGUGACGGCUGUACUCGAGGCAAAAUGGUGGCCUCUUCGAUUGCUCGCCAAUCUGGUAGUGAGGUGA